UAGUAAACUGAAAAUGGCUGCUUUCUUGGAUAUCUUUUCUUUUCCACCAAAUUUUGACAUUCACACUCUUCCAAACAGAGACAGAAAAGUAUGUGUUGUCUCCAUCAUUGGAAAAAGUCGUCUGAACGGAUUUGCAACCAAAGCCUCAAUAUUAAACCCAAUCCUAGAGAGAGAUGUAUUCAUGGGAGGAGACAGCUACAUAGGUGGCCAAAUUGACAAGGGUGACAUUGAGUGUUUCUACGACAGCGACACCCAAGUAGUGUACCUCCACCACAAGUCCCUCGGGGACACACACACCCUCGUGGAGAGAUGUCAGAAGAUCCUCAACAACAAAACAGGGGAUAUUGUGGCCUUGUGGGAAGAUGAGGACUUUAAAUAUGCUAAGACCAUUCUACUCCUCUUAAAUAUUUCCCACAUUGUGUUGCUGUGUCACCCAGGCAACACGUUUGACAUCAGCUAUGUGAAGCUGUUCAGGAGUCUGGAUGCUGUCAGAAUGAAGCUGCAGACCUUCAUGACAGAAACACUUCAAGGACUGUCCAUAUCUAAGGACUGGUUGCUAGGAGCUCGACCUUGUUCGCCCCGCCUGCUGUUUUAUUUUGACACACCGACUUUUGAGAUGGCCCCUGAUGACAUCGACACAGGAAAACCCAGGGCUUUGAAAAAUCCACCACUUAAGAGACUUGUGCACAAUAUUGAAGACCAGAUCUACAGAAUAUUGAGAAAGUCGAGAAUCAUCACAAAUAUCAGCAACAACUCACUGUUUGCUGUGCCCGCCAACCAGGAGUUUGUGUACGUCAACAGUCGACCAAAUGAAGCCACCGACCCCAUCACCGUGUUCCUACAGAACCUUCGCAUCAACUCAGCUGUUGCCAAAGAUUCAGAGUCCCCACGUAGUCGCAGCUAUGCGACCAAUCGCCGCACGAACCAGGCAUCUGGGGACACACUGAGGACGACAGUGACAAUGUUCAGUCGACCAGAGAACAGCUUCAAGGAGUUUCUGUGGCAGCACAUAGACCAGGCUUUCACCAAGGGCUUUGAUGACAAUGUCGGUAGAAACCCAGUCCCUGCCGUGUUUGAGAUGGCCAGCAGUGAGACAUGGUUUGCUGUGGCUAUCCGGCUGUACAAGUUCUUCUUCUCCGACUCCCCUGAAGGGAAGGUGUCAACCCACCUCACCACACUCAGAUCCCUGCUGGAGACAGACGUCAGGUUCUCAGAAAACCGAUGCUCCAAGAUCUUGCCACUAGCUGAGAGUGCCUACCAACAAGACUUGCCUCAACACUACAUCACCACCUACCAUCUGUCGAAGCUAGCUCAAGCGAAGCGCGUGUUUGCCCAGUUUGCGCGAGGUCCUGCGUUUGACAAGUACAUGGUGCAGCUGGAGGAGGCAUGCGAGACCUGGUGGAAGUCAGGACACCAGCAGUGUGAGGCUGUCAGUCUCACCGGCAACCUGUGUAUGAACCCUCUGCACCGGCUGCUGACAGAGGAGGAGACUGAUGCCAACAAUGUCCUCCCUGUGUCCAGUCACUCCAGCCAGCUCAAGUCCAAGGCAGCCUGUAACUGUGGCCAGACUCAGGCAGACAAGGAUGACCCGUUUGAUCACAUGUACGCCAACUAUGAGUUUUACAAAGCCUUGGAGGAAACAUGUUGCAGCAAACUGGAGCACAUGGACUUUCCAGUGUUCAAACCCAGCACGAGUGAGGUCCGAGCAGGUCAGGUGACCCCUGUGGUGGCCAAGGCACCUCACCUGAAGACAGGGCUGAGGGACAGUCUCAAGUCGGAGGGGACAGGAUCCGGUCUCACUAACCUCAGUCUGGCUCUCAGUUUAGGUCAGUCUGGGGGAAGUGACCUCACAUACGGUCAUCGGAGUGAGUCGAGUCUGAACCCAGAAAACAGUCAGCAGGCUGACCCUGGCCACCAAACGGAGACGUCCGAGCCAGAGCAGGUGCAGCAGCAUCCAGGCCAUGACACUGAAACUGCGGAACCAGAACAGGUGCAUCCAGCUACCACAGAGCUGAAAAUCAGUAACAGUGCCACGAGACAGCACUCUACGACCGAGUAUCUGCCGGGGAUGAUUCACUCCGACUCCCCAUCCGGACUCCUGCCCAAGUUCUGUUCGUGGUCCCUGUGUAGUCUCGGACCAUCCAGCAUGUACAUGCACACACAAGGUCUGGACCUACCGGGCUUCCUGCAAGGGAGCAACUUCCUGCUGCCCUGGGACAUCACGGUUCGCACUGAGAAGGAAAAAUGGCCGACAGUCGGCGAGACAGCAGGGAAGAAAGCUCGACAGAGGCGGCUUCCUAUCAAGGAGGUAGGGGAGGUCACUCUGCGGGUGUUCCUGGGUAAUGAGUAUGAGUGUCCUCGAGGUCACCGUUUCUUCUGCAGCGGUCCUGAGAAGAUAAUAAAAGUUUCAAGCACCAGCACUGUGAAGGACAAUGCCAACAAGCUACUGACCAUGGACAUGCCUCUGUACUGCCCCUGUCACUGCAGGAGUGCCAAGGGAUACAUGGCCCAACUGAUGCGGAUAUUUGUGGUGACGCCAGACGGACCAAUCAGGGUGCAACUGAAGCCUCAAAUCCAGCCAGCGCCAGGGUCAAGUCCCCUGUUCUACCCCGGCAAUGACGAGUCCACGACUUUACCACCUGGACAGAUCUGGGUGCUACGCUUGCCUCACGUGUACCUUGGUGACCAUGGCGUGUACAGCAUGCCCUCUGACCCCCAGCAGAUUUCACUGUGUCACAUGAAGAAAGGUCUGUUCCAGUACAAGGAGGUGUCAGCAGAUGGUUGAAUGUAGAGUUAUCUCCCCCGCUGUAACUCUUCAGUCAGUCAACAUCCAGCUGCCCCUGGAUGUGGUUUGGAGUCUGAUCUCAACCAUUCGUUGCCAUGGAAACAGUCGAGAUAAAAGACAAGUCUUCAGAGUUGAUGGCUAUUGUUUUUGAAUAGGCAAGGAUGUGAAGUUUUUUUUAUAACAAUAUUUUGCUGUUUAUGAAUUUGUAAGCGAUCUGCCAGACUGAAAUAUUGUUUUAAGCCUAGAAUGGCCCAUCUGGUAUUGUCUUCUGUUGUAUGUGAAACUCAGAAACAUUGAUGUCAGACGAAACUAUGAGCUGAAUGACUGACAGCCUUCAUGUCUGACAUUUUCUUGUUGAACCUUACAACUCUCAAGACAGAAUAAGACGUUGGACAUGACGAUCAAGCCUUCAUGUCUGACAUUUUCUUGUUAAAACCUUACAACUCUCAAGACAGAAUAGGAGGUUGGACAUGACAAUCAAGUCUUCAUGUCAGAAUGCUGGUUAUUGAAAUAAACGUUAUUUGUGAGGGUU